ACAGGUGGACUGGCCUGUUUGGUCUGCUCUGCUCUGAGCUGCUGGUUUGGACUCAUGCUGAGUACAGUUUACACCUGGUACCUGAAGACCCAUCGAAUAGAAAGAACCCAAGAACUGUUUGUGCGAGGCAUGUAUGAAGGAGCGUUUCUAGAACAGUCCAUGUUGCUAAAUACACGUUUUAAAAUCAGAAAGAGAAUCAAGGAAAAAAAAUGUGCAGAAGAAACCAUCCAAGUGUUUCUGUGUGCAACGAUGUGGCACGAGACCUAUGAUGAAAUGAUGAAGAUAAUCAUCUCUAUGUUCAGGCUCGAUAAAUACAGACCCAAGACGGACAAACAUAGUGAUGUUGAGUUUGAAUUCCAUAUUUUUUUUGAUGAUGCUUUCAAGGAUGUUGAUAGUGGAAGACAUGCAAAUGAAUAUGCUGAAAUUCUUGUGGAUGUAAUUAAAGAAGUUUACAGCAUUUUUAGUGAAGAGGAUCCCUGUAUAUUCAAGGAAAAGGCAGCACUACCACAUCAGAAAAUCAUAGACACCCCUUAUGGGGGUCGACUGGAAUACACUCUGCCUAAAGGCAAUUUGAUGAUGGUUCACCUCAAAAACAAGACACUUAUCCGCCACAAAAAAAGAUGGUCGCAGAUAAUGUACUUAUAUUACAUUCUUGGCUGGAGACUUAACAGACCGUACUUCGAGGAAUUUGAAAGAACUGGAGGUAAUGAACAGGAUUCCCUUUUGGAGAGACUGAAGAAAGAGAGGGAGAACACAUACAUCUUGGCCCUGGAUGGAGAUACUGAUUUCCAGCCGUCUGCAGUCAUGCUGUUAAUCGACAGACUUAAACUCUACCCAGAAGUUGGCGCUGCCUGUGGCAGGAUUCAUCCAACAGGCACAGGACCUGUGGUAUGGUAUCAGAAGUUUGAAUAUGCGGUGGGCCACUGGCUGCAAAAGACUGCAGAGCACGUGUUCGGCUGUGUACUGUGCAGCCCUGGUUGUUUCAGUCUUUUCAGAGGAGCUGCACUCAUGGACGACAACGUCAUGAAGAGAUACACAACCAAAGCCAGUGAAGCCAGCCACUAUGUCCAGUAUGAUCAAGGUGAGGACCGCUGGCUGUGUACUCUGCUGCUGCAGCAGGGCUGGAGGGUGGAGUAUAACGCAGCAUCUGAUGCCUACACCAACGCUCCACAGGAUUUUAAAGAGUUCUAUAACCAGCGCAGACGCUGGGGACCCUCUACCAUGGCCAACACCAUCGACCUCUUGGGCUCAGGAGGACUGACCUCUCAGAAAAACAGCUCUAUCUCAAAACUUUACAUCUUGUACCAGAUUAUCAGCAUGGCAGCUUCAAUCCUGGGUCCUGCCACUAUCUGUCUCAUGACAUCAGGGGGCUUUGUGUUCAUCUUAAAUGUGAAUGAAACUACAGCCCUAGCUUUGGCCAUAGUGCCCCCUACUGUUUACCUCAUCCUGUGCUUCAAACUCAAAUCUGACACACAAAUUAAAAUUGCAGCAGUCAUGAGUGUAUUCUAUGCAUUUCUCAUGGCGGGAACAGUUCUCUCAGUCAUAGGUAAUUUAGUGAAGGAAAAGACUUUUCUCAACCCCAGUGGUCUGUUCCUCAUCGGUAUGGUGGUUUUGUACAUCAUCACGGCAGCUUUACACCCUCAGGAGUUCUCAUUGAUCAGCUAUGGAUUGUUAUACUUCCUCUGCAUUCCCAGUGGAUAUCUACUCUUAACUAUUUACUCUAUAGUCAACAUGAACAAUGUCACGUGGGGCACUCGUGAAACCGGCAGCCAGGCUAAAACUACUGCAGUCGAUACCAUCAAGAAGAAGAUCAUGAACGCCACAUGCUGCAAAUGUCCUUGCUUGGAAUCUGAAGAUCUGAGUGAGAAGAUGUUACCAGCAGAAACUGAAAAGCCACAUAUUCCCUUGGAAACGCAGAGGGAAUGUGAGUCCCAGCUUAGUCCUCAAAUUCCAAAAGAUUGGAUUGAACAUCUGCAGAUGAAAUCUUAUGAAUUUCCCUUGGAUAAAUCUGUACUCACUUUGGAUGAAACUAACUUCUGGAGAGAUCUGCAGAAGAAAUAUCUGGAACCUCUUAAAGAGAAUAAAGAACAACAGGAAAAAGUUGCUUGUGAUCUGAAAGAACUUAGAAAUAAGGUUACAUUUGUCUUUUUCUUCUGCAAUGCACUUUGGCUGGUGGCAACUUUCUUCCUUCAGGCGAUUGGUGUUUCUAUAAAGAUCCCAAAAAUCUAUCCCAAUGGGACAUAUGACCCAACAGAAGUGUUUUCCCUAGAUCCAAUUGCACUGAUGUUUCUACUGAGCUUUGUGUUAUUACUGCUAAUGCAGUUUGUUGCAAUGCUUCAUCACAGAAUCUACACAUUAAUCCAUUUUGUGGCAUAUGCUGACACAGAAAUUAAAUCUCACAGGAAGCAGUCAGACCAGAUGCUUGAAUCAAACCACCAGCCCGAGACGUCUGUGCCAGAGCCAGAGCCAGAUCCAGAUGCAGCCUUGUAUUUUCAGAACCCCUCUGCAGAUAUAAUGUCUUGAAAAGUCUUAAAUUGAAGAAUCUAUUGAAAGUAUCUGUGUUCACACUAUUGCAAUUCUUAAACAAGGAAUUAAAGAAAACUGAGAAGUUUUUCACUAGGUCCAACUCUUGGUCCAUUUAAAGGGGUCUGGGUUCUUUUAAAGAAGACACAUUUUAAACCCAAAUGCUCUGUUGUAGUGCAUCAGGCCUAACAAUUUGAAUAUAAUUAUUUGUUACCAUUUACUGUAAAUACAGAUAAUAUAUUGUAAAAAUUUAAUGAAAUGGUCUUGCAUUAUGACUGAAGUUUUUAUGGUUUUGUGUGAAUACUUGUGUACUUCUCUUUCUUUCAGUUUUUUAUGCUACAAAUAAUUAUUUGAUUUUUUUAUGUGAUGUAAAAUAAAACAUUCUAGAAGAGGAAAAACAUAAGCAUUAAUACUAUAAAACAAAACGCUUAUAGAUGUCAGUUGUGUGCUAAAUAAAAUAUAACAAUAAACCGGGACAAAUAUCUCAGACAUUUUUUAUAUUUUUUAAAGUACUAGGCUAAGUUACAUAUUAAUAAUAGUAAGUAAUUGUGUCCGUGUACAUUUUUCUUUUAACCAUGCGAGACAGUUAUACAUAACAUAAUAACUAUAGCUUAAAAAUAGUAACUUUAGAAACUAACUUUCACUAAUAAGUUAACAAAAGUGAUAUAGGCCAGUGCUUAAAGGGUUAGUUCACCCAAAAGUAAAACAAACCUCAUGUUGUUCCAAACCCAUAAGACCUUCUAUCAUCUUUGGAAUUAUAUUUCUGAUAAUCUCAGAAAACCAUACGACCCUCAGUAG